UUCCAUAACAAAAAAUUCCUUCAUUUUAACACGUUCUUACAUAUAUAAUAUAACCAUGGCUAUCUUUUACCCUUGUAGAAAUGCUGGUGUCUAUUUUCUUUUAUUAUUAUGGGUUCUUGUUUCUUCUGUAUGUGUUUGGGGACGACCAGCCACCUUUCUUCAAGAUUUUCGAGUCACGUGGUCUGAGUCCCAUAUCAAACAAAUUGAUCAAGGAAAAACAAUCCAACUCACUCUAGACCGAAGCUCUGGAUGUGGGUUCGCUUCAAAGGUUAAGUACAUGUUUGGCCGUGUUAGCAUGAAGCUCAAACUCAUCCCCGGAGACUCUGCUGGUACAGUUACUGCAUUUUAUAUGAACUCUGACACGGACUCUGUUCGUGACGAGCUGGACUUCGAGUUCUUGGGGAACCGUAGUGGUCAACCUUAUACAGUUCAAACAAACAUCUAUGCUCACGGAAAGGGUGACAGAGAACAGAGGGUUAACCUCUGGUUUGAUCCUGCUAAGGACUUCCACACUUACACAAUUAUGUGGAACCAUUACCAUAUUGUAUUCUACGUUGAUGAUUUUCCCAUCAGAGAAUACAAAAACAAACAAGGGAAGGGAAUCCCAUACCCAAAGAUGCAGGCCAUGGGGGUGUAUUCAACGUUGUGGGAAGCAGAUAAUUGGGCAACAAGGGGUGGUUUGGAGAAAAUUGAUUGGAGUAAAGCACCUUUCUAUGCUUAUUACAAGGACUUUGACAUUGAAGGAUGCGCUGUGCCAGGACCUGUUAGUUGUGCCUCAAACCCAAAAAACUGGUGGGAAGGGGCUGCAUACCAGGGUCUUAAUGCCAUUGAAAACAGAAGGUACAAGUGGGUUCGUAUGAACCAUGUGAUCUAUGAUUAUUGUCAAGAUAAGUCAAGGUACCCAGUGACCCCACCGGAGUGCAUUGCCGGUAUUUAAUUCAGUGGUUCACAAUAUUCAUAUGCCACACUUUUACGUAAAUGUGUGAUGUCCCUUUUAUUUUACACUGUUCUUGAUAUGUUAUAGAAAUUGUGUAUACAGUUUAUACCAAGCCACAUAUAAAUUAUUCUUGUCUCCGAGUUCGUAUGUGGGACAAAUCCUGUGUUCAAAUCAGAACUUCAGAAGGGGCAUAACUUAAGUCAAAUAGUCUUCCCGUCCUCUGUGUCUUUGUAUUUUAGUGCGCAUUGUUUGUGGUAUAAGAAAGCUUGUGCGCAAGAUUAUGAUGAUUGAUAAAUGAUAUUUAUUUAUUUAUUUU